AUGGAGAACCCCGGAGAUGACGACGACCAGGAAAAAGAAGAAGAAGAAGAAGAAGAAGGAGAGGAAGAGGAACACCAGCGCACUCAAGAUCAGGACUGUUCACCAUGCCUAGAGAAGAAUAUAGACACUACGGAACUCAAGAGGAAGAAGUUGGGACUCUCCUGCAUACUCAACACAGAAGUUGGGGCUGUUCUAGCUGUGCUUCGGCGCAUACCCGAAUCAAAUUCUCCCUACAUGUCUCCCUCAGAAGAUUACACCGACCCGGAAAUCGUACAUUCUCUUAAAUCUCUGCGUGCCCUCAUCUUCAACCCCCAGCAAGAAUGGCGAAUGAUUGAUCCAUCGGUUUAUUUCUCCCCUUUUCUGGAAGUGAUUCAGGGCGACAAUGUGCAGUCCAAUGCAACAGAGGUUGCUCUCUCGGCUCUCCAUAAAAUCUUCAAGCUUGAUAUGUUUGAUGAAAAGACUCCAGGAGCCAAAGCGGCUAUCAAUUCGGUGGUGGCGGGGAUCAUGAACUGUCGCCUUGAAAAAUGCCAACCAACUACUAGAGAUGAAAUUUUGAUGAGGAUUUUACAACUUUUGAAUGGGCUACUGCAUUCCCGUGCUUCAACUCUGCUUAAUGACAAGGCGAUUUGCACCAUUGUUACUACCUAUUUUCAGGUUGUGCGACGCACAGCGAGCAGAGGAAAUUUGCUGCAGCGAGAGGCAAAGUAUGCUGUGCAUGAACUAAUCCAAAUUAUAUUUUCUCGACUGCCGGAGAUGGAGGCGAAGGAUGGGGAGAAUUCAGAAUCUGACACUGAAGAUGCUGACAUUGAAAGCAAUUUGGGUUCUGGGUAUGGAGUUCGUUGUUUAGUUGAUAUCUUUCACUUCUUGUGCUCUCUACUUAAUGCAAUAGUGGAGACAGAUGGGUCCGUGGCUCCUACAGCUGACGAAGAUAUUCAGGUAUUUUCCAUGGUUUUGAUUAAUUCCGCGAUAGAGUUGAGCGGAGAUGGGAUCGCAAAGCAUCCAGAUCUCUUGAGGAUGAUCCAAAAUGAUCUAUUUCACUAUUUAAUCCACUACGGAACAAGUUCGAGCCCACUCAUUAUAUCCAUGAUAUGCAGUAUUGUUUUAAAUGUCUAUCACUCUCUUCGCAGGUACAUCCGUCUUCAGUUGGAAGCUUUUUUCACAUUUGUUUUGUUUAGAAUCGCAGUCCCGGGAACCUUGGUCCAAAUCCAAGAAAUUGCAGUCGAAGGAAUUAUAACUUUUUGCAGGCAGCCAACAUUCACAAUUGAAACAUACAUAAACUAUGAUUGUGAUCCUAUGUUCCAGAAUUUGUUCGAAGAGAUUGGGAAGUUGCUUUGCAAGCAUGCAUUUCCAACAGGUAGCCCUUUUACCAGUUUACAGAUCCAAGCGUUUGAAGGCCUGGUAGCCACCAUUCAUAGCAUUGCUGAUAAUAUUGAAAAGGAAGAAAAGUCAAGCUUUUCUGGACCAUACUCAGUUGACAUUACUGAGUAUAGACCUAUCUGGGAAGAGAAAUCCAAAGAAGAUUGUGAUUUGGGGACUUGGGUGGAUUUUGUACGGACACGGAAAGUGCAGAAAAGGAAAAUGAUGAUUGCUGGAAACCAUUUCAAUCUAGAUGUAAAAAAAGGUCUGGAGUACCUGAAGGCUUCUCACCUAGUCUCCGAUCCUGCAGAUCCAAAAGUCCUUGCUUUCUUCUUUCGCAACACUCCAAGGCUGGACAAGAACAUGAUUGGGGAUUACCUUGGUGAUCCUGCUGGGUUUAACAUUCAAGUUCUUAAAGAAUUUACAGAAACUUUUGAUUUCUCUGGAAUGAUUCUUGACACCGCUCUUCGAACUUUUUUGGAGACAUUCCGAUUACCGGGAGAGUCCCAAAAGAUACAAAGGAUUUUGGAAGCUUUUUCAGAUAAAUUUUAUGUUCAACAACCCUCCCAACUUUUCGUCAGCAAGGAUGCAGUGUUCAUUUUUUGCUACUCCCUUAUUAUGCUGAAUACUGAUCUACACAAUCCGCAAGUUAAGAAAAAGAUGACAGAAGAAGAGUUCAUCAGAAACAAUAGAGCGAUUAAUGGGGGCAAGGAUCUUCCUAGAGAAUACCUCUCUGAGUUCUUUCAUUCCAUUUCAAACAAUGCAAUUACACUCUUUAGUCAAUCUGGUUUGCCUAUAGAAAUGAAUCCAAAUAAAUGGAUUGAGCUUAUCAAUCGAUCCAAAGUCAUGCACCCUUUUAUUGCAUGUGAUUUUGAUCAUCGGCUCGGGAGAGAUAUGUUUGCUUCCAUUGCUGGCCCUUCAGUUGCGGCUCUUUCUGCAAUCUUUGAACAUGCUGAUGAUGAGGAAAUCCUUCAUGAGUGCAUAGAAGGCUUGUUGUCGGUGGCCCGUAUUGCAAGGUAUGGACUAGAAGACACUCUUGAUGAGGUUCUUUCCUUAUUAUGCAAGUUCACUACACUUUUGAACCCUCAUGCCUCUGCUGAGGAGAUUCUUUAUGUUUUUAGCAAUGAUAUGAAGCCUAGAAUGGCAAUACUUGCAGUUUUCACCAUUGCUAACACUUUUGAAUGCUCAAUCCAAGGGGGUUGGAGGAACAUAGUGGAUUGCCUGCUGAAACUCAAGAGGCUGAAGUUACUUCCUCAGUCUAUUGUUGAGCCCAAUGCAACGACAACCUCAACAUCUGACCUUCAUACACACACAAAAUCUGAAUCAGGCAUUAUUUUCCCUAGUCAUGACCCUAAAUUUGGCGACAACCGCUGCCACCACUCUUCUGGCAUAAUUGGCCAGUUCUCACACUUCCUCUCGAUGGAAAGCAUGGAAGACUCUUUAACCCAGGGAGGGAGUGAAUUGGAGCAGAAUCUGAAAACUAUCCAACAAUGCCGAAUUGGGAACAUCUUUGCCAAAAGUUGCAACUUGCCUGAUGAGUCGUUGCAGAAUCUUGGUCGCUCUCUGAUAUUUGCAGCUGCUGGGAAAGGUCAAAAAUUUAGUACGCCAAUUGAAGAAGAAGAAACUAUUGGAUUCUGCUGGGAUUUGGUAACCACCAUUGCAUUAGCCAAUUCUCAUCGGUUCCCGACAUUCUGGCCUUCUUACCAUGAUUAUUUGCUUGCAGUUGCCCAAUUUCCUCUAUUUUCCUCUAUCCCAUUUGCAGAAAAGGCCAUCGUGAGCUUCUUCAAGGUCUGUAUCAAGCUUCUUACCCUGAACCAACCCAACAAAUUUUCAGAGGAGCUUAUCUUCAAGUCCAUAAAUCUAAUGUGGAAGCUUGAAAAAGAAAUUCUUGAUACCUGUUGUGAAUUCAUCACACAAUCAGUAAGCAAGAUUUUAACCGAGCAUCCUGCAAAUCUGCAAAGCCAACUCGGAUGGAAAUCAACCCUCCAUUUGUUAUCAAUCACUGGUCGACACCCAGAAACAUAUGAUCAAGCAGUCGAGACCUUGAUCACGUUGAUGUCUGAUGGCACCUAUGUUUCGCAGGCAAAUUAUCCCUACCACGUUGAUUGUGCUUUUGGCUUUGUUGCACUCAAGAGCAGUCCCCUGGAGAAGGCCACGAAGAUCCUAGAUCUGAUGUCGGACUCGGUCAAUUGGUUGGUUCAAUGGAACAAAAGUGGGUACGCAGAUCCAGGGAGCAACAUGAUCAGUAACGUAAGCAGCUCCUUCAUGGAGGACAAUUCAAGAGGUUUCGGCCUUUCCAAUCUUACUGUGAGUCUAUUUGUGAAGUUAGGAGAAGCACUUAGAAAGGCUAGCUUAGCUCGGCGAGAAGAGAUACGAAACCAUGCAAUCUUAGCUCUUCAGAGAAGCUUCACACUAGCUGAGGAGCUAUGUUUCACGUCAACCAACUGUAUCAACUGCUUCAACCUUGUUAUUUUUGCAAUGGUUGACGAUCUACAUGAAAAGAUGUUGGAAUACUCGAGAAGGGAAGAUUCAGAGAGGGAGAUCAGAAGUAUGGAAGGGACUCUAAAGAUUGCCAUGGAGCUCUUGACAGAUGUGUUCUUGCAAUUCUUAAGACCCAUAUCAGGCAGUCCUGGGUUCCGGACGUUUUGGUUGGGAGUGCUGAGAAGAAUGGAUACAUGUAUGAAGGCUGAUUUAGGUGAAUAUGGUGACUCGGAAUUGCAGGCGUUAAUCCCAGAAUGGCUGAGGAAGAUGAUCACAACAAUGAAGGAAAAAGGGAUUUUGUCGCAGAGGGAGGGUGAGGAUCUAUGGGACAUCACUCACAUUCAAAUACAAUGGAUAGCUCCUUCACUCAAAGAAGAGCUCUUUCCUGAAGAAAUGUAGAGUACCGUAACAAAAAUAAAACUAGAAAUAUGGUAAGGCAACAUUUAUGUCUUUAAUCUUAUCAUCAUACUUUUUUUGUACCAUAGUAAUAAAUUAAGUUGUUCAUUCAUCUCUUACUCAUGGUGGGAGCAUGAUUUUGGGUAUUAA